AAGCUGCCACGAAUCUCUGUGCAACAAAAGACAAAUCCUUCGCAUGAAGGCGAUUCUUUAUACGGUAAUGCCGGAAGGCCUGACGGGCUUCAGAGGGUGUUGUUCUUCUGGGCGAUAGCUUCUUCUUCUUCUUCUUCUUUCUCUUCUUGUUUGUGGUAUAUUGCGUGUUGUUGUUGGGUUCGGAAUUGGAUUCGGAGGAGGAAGAUGGCGUCAUCGGCGACAGUUCGUGUGGAUAAGGCGACGAGCGAUCUGCUGCUGGGGCCGGAUUGGACCAUGAAUAUGGAAAUAUGCGACUCCAUCAAUUCCGAUCCCGGGCUGGCGAAAGAAGUUGUCAAAUCUGUGAAGAAGCGACUGCAACACAAAAACCCACGGGUUCAAUUUCUUGCAUUAACACUUCUAGAAACGAUGAUUAAGAAUUGUGGUGAUUUUAUUCACUUCCAAGUUUUUGAGAGGGAUAUUCUGCAGGAAAUGGUUAAAAUUGUUAAGAAAAAGACUGAUAUGGAAGUGAGAGAUAAAAUUUUAGUAUUGCUGGAUUCCUGGCAAGAGGCUUUUGGCGGUUCUGGAGGAAAGUAUCCACAGUACUUCUGGGCUUAUACUGAUCUAAAGAGAUCUGGUGUUGAAUUUCCACAUCACCCUAGCGAUGCUACUUUGCUCUUCACUUCACCUACGCAUCAAGCUGCCAUUGCUAGAACUCCUUAUAUCGGGCAUGGUGUGCCUAGUGAUUUGCCAAUGAGGCUUGAUCAAGCAAUGGCAUCGGAAAUUGCUAAUUUGAGUUUAUCGGACUUGGAUAGAAUCAGGAGUGUCAUGGAGCUGUUAAAUGAUAUGUUAAAAGCUGUGAAUCCACAUGAUCGCGAGGCUGUUGAGGAUGAAAUUAUCAAAGAGCUUGUUGGCCAAUGUCGCUCCAACCAGAAAAAGAUUUUGCAAUUGAUUGAGUCAACUGGCGACGAGGAGAUCCUAGCAGAAGGGCUUGCAUUAAAUGAUACUUUACAAACCCUGCUUGCAAAACACGAUUCGAUAGCGUCUGGUUCUCCAUUUCCAGAAGAAUCAUCUGAAUUCAUUCCUGUGUCGAGCCCUCCCAUCGCAUCUGCAACCAUUGCAGCCAACAGUUUUGAAGAGGACGAAGAAGAAGAUGAUGAAUUCACUCAGUUAGCUCGCAGAAAUUUGAAAAGUAAGUCAACUUCUACUGAAAUCAAUGCAACGACGGCCGGUAAACAGAGUUCAGACGAAGCUUCGUCCUCCACGGGAAGCCACUCAUUAGCUUUACCUGAUCCUCCGCCGCCUAUUAAAACCUCUGCAAAGGAUCAAAACAUCAUCGAUCUCUUGCGCAUGACAUUGUCUUUAAACUCAUCACCAUCUCAUACACCAAUCACUCCACAUGCUCCAUCUCCCACUUUUCAACCAAAUGGAUCUGCAGAUCCUUUUGCCACAAAUGUUCAUGGGAACCCACAGAGCCCCCAAACUCACCCCAUGCCUUCUAAUAGUUAUGCUGCUGGCUGGGCGGCGGCGCCCCCAUCAUCUUUGCCUCAAUCUCAACCUUCUUCGUCUCCGCCGCAGCCUCAGUUUCUCUUUCGACCGGAACAACAACCACAGUAUAGCAAUUACCCGCCCCCUCCAUGGGAGGAUGUGCCGAGCACAAAUCCCAAUCCAUUCGCACAGUCGACUUAUAUGAUGGAGUAUAACUCGGUUGGAAUGAAUGCCGGCAAACCUCCGGUCGUCGCCGGUGAAGCUCGGCCAAACUCGAAUCACAGACCAACAGUGCCUGGAGGUUCUCAUAAGCCAUUUGUACCUUCCUACAGACUAUUUGAGGAACUGGUUGAUUCUAGUAAUUCCCCUGGAGCUCCGAAGCACAGCAGUACCUCAGGCCAAGGUAUGGGCUAUAGUGGGAAAUAAAGCCGUUUGAUUUGAUUGUAAAAUUUUUUAGAUUAAAUAAAUAAACAUUUUAUAUGACUUGAAAUUGAAUGAUAAAGGGUUAUUUGAUAUCUCGCAUGGAUAAAAAAAAUAUGGGUUAUGAAAUGCUGAUUU